GAUUGGGUGGAGGGGGUGGUGGCUGCAGCGGACGCAGGGUCGGGAUUGGUGGAGUUCACCGCCAAACUUGUUGACUCAUAACCGCGCAGCUCUCCAUCCUUCACGGCGCGGAGCUGUCCGGGGUCCAGUGGUGCUGAAACCCUCACCUCCCGUCGCAACAUAGGAAUUAUCUCCUCUUUUGUUUUUCUUCUUCCGCGCGGUGUCACUGCACUCAACGAGCUCGUUAAAAGUUAUAUGUUUUCUCUGUGCGACACGUCCAGACGACUCGCUUAAGCGUCACCGCUCUCGCCAACAACGCACCAAGCCCUCAACUUCUUCUUAGCCGCUCACAGAGAGCAGUCACUGAGGCGCAGCCAUGUCUUUCAUGGUGAAACACAUGGUGGGGGGGCAGCUGAAGAACCUGACGGGCGGACUGACGGAGGAGAAACCCGAGGCUGAGAAGACAGAUGCCGCCGCGCAGGGGAUGACCCAGGAGGAAUUUGAACAAUAUCAGCAACAGUUAGAGGAGGAAAAACAGGAACGAGAAGCAAACUUUGCCCAGAAGAAAGCUGAGAGAGCUACAGUUAGAACUCAUUUCCGGGAGAAGUACCGGUUACCAAAGAACGAGUUGGAUGAGACCCAGAUCCAGCAGGCGGGGGAUGACGUGGAGCUGCCCACGGAGCUGGCCAAGAUGAUCGCUGAAGACAACCAGGAGGAAUCGCACAAGCAGUCCGUGCUGGGCCAGCUUUCCAACAUCCAGAACGUGGACAUGGACCAGCUGAAAGACAAAGCCCAGGCCACGCUGGAGGACCUGAAAAAGCAGACGGAGAAUUGCAGCCUCAUGUGAUCCUGCAAAACUCCCAGAAGAUUAGAGUUUGACUUGUACAAAUAUUUUUCAGAGGCAGAGCUGCUCUAGAGAUAGAAAUAUUCUUGUUGCUUCAGUGGAAUGUCAGUUGGCAGAGCCACAUAAUAACAGUUUUUCUAGCUGUACAAAGUUGGACAGACGCCCCCGCGGAAAAGAAAGGAAAAGCUGAUAUUUUGAAAUCUUGGGCUCAUAUUACAAACUGGGCAGAAAGUAGUUUAUAGCUACAGUGUCAUCUAGGGAAUUUUCUAGGGACUGUGGUUCUUGAGCUCCUCCUAUUGAUUUAUCACAUGAGACUAUUUCUGCAUUUAGAACAACUCCUCCUCUGAGAAAACGUUAUCUUGUGUAUCAAAUCCUUUCGUUCCCAAACCUCCCUCGGUGUCUGUACCUCACGUGACCGGUGAUAACACGAUACCAUCCUGCAGCGGAGUGCUCAGGUAUUUGUCAGGGUUUUGUUGCUUCCGAACACACAGCACAGCGGCCGAUUUCCCUCAUGCAUUAACAACAAGAGGGAGACGGCGCUCAUCAGUAAAAUAACCCACAAGACUGACUCUGGCUUGUGUCAGGAAGUCAUACAUGUGUGUUUAGUUGGAUGUAGGAAAUUUGGUGAUUCAUUUCAGAGUGAGUAAAACUAAAGAGCCAUUAGUGGGGUUGUUUACAUUCCACGUACAAAAGCACAAAAUCUUAAAACAGGCAAUAUUCAUUUCAGAGCAACAAUUCAGGCAGAUCUUUGUUGUAAGUAGCUUACUAAUGUCGGCGCCCUGGUGCCCAGACUAAAGCUCCCUGUGGGCUGCGUUAAUCUUACUUUCAAUAUUUUGCUGAACAUAUCAUUUUACAGGCGUUUAAAGCCUUUUCCGUUCUUCGGUGUGCCUCUGACGUCCGUACAAGGUUGGCGUCGUCACAGCUUCAAGAUCUGUAAGCUACUUUUUACAAAAACAGGCCUUAUUGUUUGCUCCUCUAGGGAAUUUCAGUCUUUUUUAAGUUGAAUAAAAGGCCAACAAUAUAUAGUCAGGCACAUAUGAUGUUGUAGGUUUGCUGCUGUAAUUAAAUACAGCAAAAUGUGUAUUAUGACUGCGUUCCUGAAUUUAACCUGGCAGCAAUAUCAACUACAUAAUGAGUAAACCAGUUUUGUGCUGCAUCCAGUAAAAAAAAAGAAAAGAAACGAUGGCUGCUCAGAUGAGAGAAAUGUAAAUGCUUGUAGUUGUAUGCCAAAGGAUAUGGCGUAAAUAUGUCAAAUUGUGUAACCGAAGUGUGUGUUUAUGUGUAUAAAUCCACAUACAAACAUUUAUGUUGUAAAAGAUGUAAAUGUAUCUCCUGUUUGCCUAUAAUGUCAACAGCGGGUCAUCAUCCACUGCUCUCGCAUCGACUCGCUGGGUCUCGUAGUGUUGUAGAUCGCCUCGUGUGACCUUUGACCCUGUCCUCCAUCUCACCGACCCUGUGUGUCCUCGGUGGCUUCCGUUGUCGUGGUGGUGGACUUUGUGAUGUUUAGACGAUGUGAUAUGUCGAGUGCUGUCUUUUUAAAAAAACCAACCUGGUCCCGUGUGCUGAGGGUGCUGGUGGUCGUGUUACACAUGCAGCACAGUCCGGGAGGUGUUCUGUCUGAGCUGCUUUCCCUGCCGACCGCGGGGCGUGACGGCGUGGGCGACUGAAGAGGGGGUGUCGUUGGUGUCGUGUUACGUUCAUAUACAUUUUUGCCAGUGUUUGAGUUUACGUAGCAGUGGUGUAGAGGGUGAUGUCAGCUGCCCCCUAAUUUUUUUUACAUAUUUUAUUUUAAAGGAAAUGUGAUCAGAUCUUGCCUGUUUCUUUUAAAUUUGUUGGCCAUUUCCUUUCUGUAGAUGCCACACAACUACUGAACGAAACACGUGGCAACCUGAUUACGACAUUUUCAGAACAGUGGUUAGCGCCCUGUGAUACUUCAACAGUAUAUUCAUGACAUUUCAAUAAUAUGAAGCAGAGGAAAAGUUGCAAUAAGUCCUUUUAUGAUAAACUAUCAUGUUUCAUGAUAAGAUAAAAUUAGUGGGUGGAGCAGAAGCCAUAAAGCAAGCUGUUUGCUUUGUAUGAGUGUGUAUAACUUGAAAUAGGAAUUCAGAAACUCAAUAAUACUACUACUAAUAAAAGUGAUAUGUAAAUGUACGUUUGUGCUGUCAUACUGAGCAGUUGAUCUGUUUUUCUUUCAGGAAAUGGCUGCAACGACACACAGCCUCUCCUCAUUCUUUGCUUAUCGCUGUCAUUCUCUCUCUGAAAGGAUUUCAGUGAAGUUUUAAAUGCAAUAAACAGAUUUCUAGUAUAAUGUA